AUGGGCAGUCAGGUCCGCCCAGCCAGGCAUCAGCCUGCUGCGGCAGCUCAGUAUCGACCCCAGCAGCCCAUGAGCAUGGGGCCUCCGGUGUCAUCGAGGCGAGCACGCAAGCCGGAGCCUAUCACAGUAGCACAUCACCAGACCUACCGGCCAGUCAUUGUGCAAAAGGCACCUCAUUACAUCCCCGAGGCCCAGAGCGCCCAGUUCUACGAUGCCAGUGUACCUCGGAAUUACCCGCGCCGGGACAGUAAUGGUGUCUCCGAGUUUGGCAGUGAGGAUGGUGACUCGCCCAGCUUUAGGAACUACAAGGUUUCGCCCCGGGAGGUGUCGCCGCUUACACAGCAGAAUUACUCUGGCUAUCAGUCCUGGCCUGCUGGCAGGUGA